AUGCCUGGUCUCCUUUCUUGCCUCACCGAAGUCGUCGGUACCGGUGCCCAACCCACACCCAUCCAGGCUCUCAGUCUUCAGCACCUACUCGAAACUGAGUACGAUCCCAACAAAAAAUGGAAGGAGUACCUUCUCGCGUCUGAAACCGGAUCUGGAAAAUCAAUAGCGUACUUUCUACCGCUUCUCCAAUCUCUCAAAGUUUCGGAACUCAGUGGAAACGUCCACCGAAAAAGCACUCAUCCUCUGAACCCCCGCGCCCUUGUCCUCGCUCCGACGCACGAGCUGGCUCGCCAACUAUCAGGUUUCGCCAAGGAUCUAAUACAUGAGAUCAAGUUGAGGAUACUCUGCGCUAGCCAGGCGAAUGUAGAUAACAAGAUGAGUCUAGGAGGUGGAAGUGCUGCCCAGAUGAAAGGAAAGCUUGAUGCCGCGUUGUUCAGCGAUCGCUCGCAGGAUCUCCAGAUACGGCCUGGCGGAAGAUUCCCGGUAGAUGUCGUCGUCGGUACGCCCAUGAAGUUACUUGAGUUAAUUAAGGGCCGUGGAUGGGAGCGCCGAAUCGGGAAUGAGACUCCGAAAGCGCAGGAGGAAAACGGCGAAGAAGGAGAAGCAAAAGAAAAAGAAGAGGAGGAAUUCCAGAGAAAGCCUAGACGCGGCAGGGAUCUUGGCGUCGUUCCUACUGGUACUUUGGGCGCAGCUCCAGAAAUGGGUCUUGCUAACGUCGAAUGGGUGAUUAUUGACGAAGCCGACGUCCUGUUUGAUCCCGAUUUCCAAGAAACUACCCGUCUUUUACUCUCCGAAGUCAGUGCCGCUCGUGGAUCACCUGUACCAUACUACCCCGACGAUUUCAACUUCAAGACAGAGAGCGUAGAACCGAAGCCCAUUGCUUAUCCAUUCAAUCUCAUCUUGUGUAGCGCUACUAUCCCUAGCGCUCUCGGCAACUACCUCGAGACCCACCAUCCUUCUCACACACGCUUGGCCUCGCCGACGGUGCAUCACCUUCCCAAGAAGCUCCAGACUGAGUAUGUCGGUUGGACAGGCACCAACAAAAACGCCGACAUUGAAAAGCGUAUCAAGAAGGUGUGGGCAGAAGACAGCAUCACCCGGAGCGGGAAGCUAUCGAAAAUCUUGGUCUUCUGCAACAAGAAUACCAAGGUACAACUGCUCAGCCAACAUCUCGAAGGAAAGGGUAUUAAAACUGUCGCGAUUGACGGGACCGCUGAGACAAGGAGGAAGGGAUCAAAUCACCAUCUGGACGGGUUCCUUAAGGACAAGUCCGAGGAGACGGUCGCCACAAAGGAAGAAGACGCAGGAGACCCGAGCAAGACCCCUCAUGUCAUGAUUACGACUUCGUUGCUCUCGAGAGGAUUGGAUUUCAGUCCGCAAAUCAAGCACGUCUUCAUCGUCGACGAACCAAGGAAUAUGAUUGAUUUUAUUCAUCGGGCUGGGCGUUCCGGUCGAGCGGGGGAGAAAGGCAAGGUUGUGGUGUUUGGAAAGCUUGAGGGUCGGGGAAGUAGUCGGGCCGUAGAUUUAAGAAAGCGAGUUGGCGCUUUGGCUGCAUAA